AUGGCGGGCGCAAUUGGCAAGGAACAAGAGAAUCCCGCCACCGGCGAGGAGGUGAAGGGAGAGGCGGUGGUUGACGCCUCCAGCUCCACCGGUGGCAAGCGCCCUAAUGCUUUCACAGAGCUCAUGUCUCGCAAGCAGCCCAAAUCGUCGAGCAAAACGGCCAAGGAGAGCCGCAAGUCAACAUCCGUCGGCACCAAGGUAUUUCCAGGCAUGUAUGGGCUGGGAGCAUACAUCGAACACCCUGAGCAGUUCGAGAAAGACCGCGUGAUUGACUACAACGACGAAUUCGUCAUCAUUAACGACCUGUUCCCAAAGUCUGUUAUCCAUUGUCUGAUUCUGCCACGGGACAAGACAAAAACACUCCUGCAUCCGUUUGAUGCGUUCGAGGACGCGCAGUUCCUUGCAGCCUGCAAGACCGAGGCGGAAAGAGUCAAGAAGAUGGUUGGCAGUGAGCUUCGCCGCAGGUACGGACAGUUCUCUCGGCAGGAACGGGCGCGCAUCGAGGCCAUGGAGUCGGAAGAUCCGCCAGACGAGGACAAAUUGCCGCCAGGGCGGGACUGGGCGGCGGAUCUGCUCGUGGGGAUCCAUGCCGGCCCGUCCAUGGCCAAUCUCCAUGUCCACGUUCUAUCUCCAGACCGGCACUCGCCCUGCAUGAAGCACCGGAAGCACUACAACAGCUUUUCGACGCCCUUCCUGGUCCCGCUGGAUGCAUUCCCUCUCGCGCAAGACGACCCGAGACGAUUUCCGGGCGAGGAGGGCUACCUCAACAGCGAGUUCCAGUGCUGGCGGUGCGAGCAGAGCUUCGGCAAGAACGUGCAGAAGCUAAAGGCGCACCUGGCGGAGGAGUUCGAGCAGUGGCGGGGCAGGUAG